GAGGGGAAACGGACGCGGCAAGCUCCGCGGAGCUGCCAGGACUCGUUCGUCCCGUCGCCCCCCGCGCCAAGAUGUCGGCGGCCAUCGCCGCGCUCGCUUCCUACGGCGGCUCCGACUCAGAGCCCGACUCGGAGCCUGAGGCUGAGGCCGGCUCCCGGGGCGCCGCCGUGCUCGCCAGCCGCGACGCCGUGCUGCACCUCCGGGCGCCUCCCGCCGCCCCCCCGGCCCUGGCCGUCGAUGCGGCCCCGGAAGUGGCUGUGAAGGAAGAUGUGGAAACAGGAGUCCACCUUGAUCCUGCUAUCAAGGAAGUUCAGUACAAUCCCACCUAUGAUACUAUGUUUGCACCUGAGUUUGGACCAGAAAACCCAUUCAGGACUCAGCAAAUGGCUGCACCUAGAAAUAUGCUUUCUGGAUAUGCAGAACCAGCUCACAUCAAUGACUUCAUGUUUGAACAACAAAGAAGAACAUUUGCAACCUAUGGUUAUGCAUUAGAUCCCUCUAUAGAUAACCCUGAAGUUGCUACCAAAUAUAUUGGCUCUGUAGAAGAAGCUGAAAAAAAUCAAGGUUUAACAGUGUUUGAAACAGGACAGAGGAAAAUUGAAAAAAGGAAGAAAUUCAAGGAGAAUGAUGCAUCAAAUAUUGAUGGUUUUCUGGGACCGUGGGCAAAGUAUGUUGAUGAGAAAGAAGUAGCCAAACCAUCAGAAGAAGAACAGAAGGAGUUGGAUGAAAUAACAGCUAAGAGGCAGAAGAGAGGAAAAGUAGAAGAUGAUAAACCUGGAGAGGAGAAGACUAUAUUACAUGUUAAGGAGAUGUACGACUAUCAGGGGAGAUCUUAUCUUCAUGUCCCUCAAGAUGUUGGAGUUAAUCUCCGUUCUACAGUGCCGCCCGAGAAGUGCUAUCUUCCAAAGAAACAAAUCCAUGUGUGGUCUGGACAUACAAAGGGUGUCAGUGCAGUUAGAUUGUUUCCUCUCUCUGGGCACAUAUUGUUGUCAUGCUCUAUGGAUUGCAAAAUUAAGUUAUGGGAAGUAUAUGGUGAUCGAAGAUGUCUACGAACAUUUAUUGGACAUAGUAAAGCUGUUCGAGACAUCUGUUUUAAUAAUGCUGGCACUCGAUUUCUUAGUGCUGCAUAUGACCGCUAUCUUAAACUCUGGGACACUGAAACAGGGCAGUGCAUUUCAAGAUUCACAAACAGGAAGGUUCCUUAUUGUGUCAAGUUCAAUCCUGAUGAAGAUAAACAAAACCUCUUUGUUGCAGGAAUGUCAGAUAAGAAAAUUGUGCAGUGGGACAUUCGAAGUGGUGAAAUUGUGCAGGAAUACGAUAGGCAUUUGGGAGCUGUCAACACCAUUGUGUUUGUGGAUGAAAAUAGAAGGUUUGUGAGUACGUCUGAUGACAAGAGUUUAAGAGUCUGGGAAUGGGACAUUCCUGUGGACUUCAAGUACAUAGCUGAGCCAAGUAUGCAUUCGAUGCCAGCCGUGACUUUGUCUCCAAAUGGAAAGUGGUUGGCUUGCCAGUCAAUGGAUAACCAAAUUCUGAUUUUUGGAGCUCAGAAUAGAUUCAGAUUAAACAAAAAGAAAAUUUUCAAAGGUCACAUGGUAGCUGGCUACGCUUGUCAAGUGGAUUUUUCACCUGACAUGAGCUAUGUGAUAUCUGGAGAUGCAGAUGGAAAACUUAACAUCUGGGACUGGAAGACAACAAAACUCUACAGCAGAUUAAAAGCGCAUGAUAAAGUCUGUAUCGGUGCAGUGUGGCAUCCACACGAAACAUCUAAAGUCAUUACAUGUGGCUGGGAUGGUCUUAUUAAAUUAUGGGACUAAAGAGGAUGCUAUGCAAGUCCUGCACACAUCUGAGAUUAGAGUGAACUCUCCUGUGAGGAUGGGUGGAUGUGUAAUACUGCAGUUCUCAGCUAGCUGUGUAUAUAGGCACUGAAGAUGGGAAAUCUUAAGAAGACACAACCGAAAGGAUAUAGUUUUAAAAGCAACUUCAGAAUAUGAGAAGCUGAGGCCAUCUGAAGCAUGCAAAAUAAAGUGUUAGUUUGUCAUGUCUUUGUGCAAAACUCUCUUGUAAAAUAAAAUGAUUUUAAGAAAAAUA